AAAAAUUCCUUUUGUGUACUUAAAUAAUUUAAAAUCCCGGUACACUUUUUGUAUCAAAGUGAAGAAACAAGCGAUUUCCACAGCAUUUGAGUGUUAUUUUGCUCAAAUAUUUCUUCAAUUUUAACAAUAACCAAUCCUUUAAUAACCAAAAGCAUAAUCUAUUCAAACACGGACAUGACGUCAAUACAGUGAUCACCAACCAGCCAUAGUGAAAACAUCAGCACGUUUACGGAUAUAUACUUAGUUAUAUAUUCCGUUUAACAACUCAUUUAAGUUGUUAAAUACAUGAAAAUGGAAUCUCUCAGGGAACAGGUAAUGAUAAAUCAGUUUGUUUUGGCUGCUGGAUGUGCAAGAGAACAAGCAAAACAGCUUUUACAAGCCGCUCACUGGCAAUUCGAGACGGCUCUAAGCAUUUUCUUUCAAGAAGCAACAGUGCCUAAUUGCCAUCAUACACAAAACGGCCGGUUCAGUUCCGUAAAUAUGAUAACUCCAGCAAAUACGCCAGCCACACCUCCGAAUUUUCCUGAUACUCUAAUGGCUUUCUCUAAGAUGUCCGCCAGCGAAAAAGUUUCAGCAACGCCUUCAGUACAGUUCACAUACUCGACGUCGCCUCCUCUUAACAACAACAGCAACAUGCAGCAUCAGAGCUCUACUAUGGCCACAUCUGGCCAUGCUCAUUCUCAGCGAUAAAGUAAUGAGCAGACAGGCGAGAGAUGAUUUGGUUAACCAUUGAACUCCUUUCUUGUGGGACAAUUAAUCCUUCCUGUAUUCUUGUGAACUUAACCCAGCAAAAGAGGGAACAUUUUUUUGUUAAUAUGUGCUCUUGUGAGAAAAAGGGAAAGGAAGGAUUCAGAAAGAAUGCUCUAAAGUUUGAACAUUCUCAUUUUUCAAGAAAAUUGGGCAAAGAGAAUGCUACAAAUGUGUUAGAGGUUGAAGACAAAGCUCCUGCUUUUGAAGAAUGCAACGAGUGCCCUUCCAUUUAUGCAUGUUUUUUGUGCAUAGAUUUAUUUUAACUGUAUCACUUUAUGCCCCCAUGUGUUUGUGAUAUUUUUAUGUAAUUGUUGAAAAACUCUUACCUCAAUCCUACUUCACAAAUCAGAAUUUUAGGGGGCCUAGUCAAGUUCUCUUGUGAAAAACAUCAGGCUAAUAGCUCAGACUCAUUUACUAAAUCACAUUUCAAAUGAAUUUUAUCUUUGUAAUUUAGAAUUGAAGAAAUUUAUGCAUUUUCACUUUAUUCAGCACGAACGAACUAAAGCACGUAAAAAAUUACAAAACUUAGUUUUAUUUUUCAUUGAGAUAUUUUUUGUAUCGGUGAUAUUGCUACAUGAGUGCAAUUGGUCAUGCUCAUCUUCUUGUCAAUGCUGUGUAUGGUCUAAAAAUAACCAAUAGUCUUUCCCAUAGGAUAUGUAUUUGAUAAUAUGUGAACUCUGAAUUUUCAAGCUGAAUUUUCAUAUUUCAUUUCUUUAUUCGUAGCAUUAUCUAUAUGUUUUAUAUAUCUAUUAGAUAUUUAAGUAAAAAAGUCAUUUGCUAUAAAAUAUGGUUUGUAUUUAAGAAGCAUUUUUCAAAAUUGUGUCUAAUUAAAAAACAUUUUUGAUUAAAAAAUUUUC